UCUCCUGAUCUCCUUCACUAAUAUAACCUUGGGUUUCAUCCACUCUCUGUGUACUGCCUAGUGGCUCUGCAGUCAGUUAGUAUCUGCCUUUGCAACUGCUCACACACUGGGAUACUGUAAGGAUGUCAGAUCAGUCCGUCUUUGAUGUGGACGUAUGGACCCUCACGCGCUUCAUCAUGGAGACAGGGCGGAAGGUGAAAGGGGCCAAAGGAGAACUUACUCAGCUCAUUAACUCCAUAUUAACAGCCGUUAAAGCGAUUUCAUCUGCUGUCAGGACAGCAGGACUUGCUCACCUUCAAGGCAUUGCUGGUUCAGUGAAUGUCACAGGUGAUGAGCAGAAGAAGCUGGAUGUGCUUUCCAAUGAUCUGAUCAUUAAUAUGCUGCAGGCCUCUUAUGGCACCUGCGUGCUGGUUUCUGAAGAGAACAAGGAUGCCAUCUUCACCCCUGCUGAGAAAAGGGGGAAAUACAUAGUAUGUUUUGAUCCAGUGGAUGGCUCCUCCAACAUUGACUGUUUGGCCCCCGUGGGCACCAUCUUUGCCAUCUACAGAAGGAUCGAAGAGGCCUCAGAUGGAGCUGCAACUGACCAGGAUGCCCUGCAGCCAGGCAACCAGAUUGUGUGUGCAGGGUAUGCCCUUUACGGCAGCGCCACUCUAGUGGCUCUCAGUACAGGGGCUGGAGUUAACUUCUUCAUGCUGGAUCCAGCAAUUGGCGAAUUCAUUCUGACAGACAGAAAUGUGAAGAUCAAGAAAAAGGGGAAGACUUACAGCAUCAAUGAAGGCAAUUCUAAUUAUUUUGACCCUGCAGUGAAUGAGUAUUUAAAGCACAAGAAAUACCCGGAGGAUGGCAGUGCCCCGUAUGGUGCCAGGUAUGUUGGCUCGAUGGUAUCUGAUGUGCACCGCACCAUUGCUUAUGGUGGCAUCUUCAUGUACCCAGCCAAUAAAAAGAGUCCAAAAGGAAUGCUGAGGUUGCUGUAUGAGUGUAACCCCAUCGCCUUCCUGAUAGAACAGGCUGGAGGAAUAGCCACCACAGGCAUUCAACGUGUCCUGGAUAUUAAUCCUGAGACACUGCACCAGAGGGUGCCCCUUGUGGUGGGCUCCCAAUAUGAUGUGGAAGAGUACUUGUCUUUUGUCAAGAAACAUCAGAAAUAGAUAUUUACAGUGAAUUUCUUUUCUAUUUUGAUUUGCUCUGUUAAACAAAAUCAAAGAUAGGGCAGAAAAGUAUGGAAUUCCAUAGAAAAGUAAACUGCUUGCAUCAUAACAUUGUAUCCAAGGUGAUAAAUGUG